AUGCUCGUGAUCUGGCUCCUGCUGCUCGCCCUGCUGCCCGAGCCGCACGUCCCGGCCGCUACGGCCUCCCCGAGGGCCCUGCGGGAUGCGGGGGGGCGCGGCGGCGUCUAUGAGCACCUCGGGGGAGCGCCCCGCCGCAGGAAGCUCUACUGUGCCACCAAGUACCACCUGCAGAUCCACCCCGGCGGCAAGAUCAACGGCACCUUGGAGAAAAACAGCGUCUUCAGCAUCCUUGAAAUAACUGCUGUUGAUGUCGGGAUCGUCGCUAUCAAGGGCUUGUUCUCUGGCAGAUACCUGGCCAUGAACAAAAGGGGCAGGCUUUAUGCAUCAGAGAACUAUAACACAGAAUGUGAGUUUGUGGAGAGGAUUCAUGAACUGGGCUAUAACACCUAUGCAUCCCGUCUAUACCGGACUGUACCCAGCGGAGCCAGCACCAAGCGCAAAGCCAGUGCGGAGAGACUCUGGUACGUCUCAGUCAAUGGGAAAGGACGACCCAGAAGGGGCUUUAAAACACGCAGGACACAGAAAUCCUCUCUCUUUCUGCCCAGAGUAUUGGAUAGCAAAGACCAUGAAAUGGUCCGACUGUUCCACACAAAUGUGAGAUACCGAGAGAGCAUCCUGAAGCCUCCCAGUAAGAACCAGCGGAGAAGGAGAGGACGCUGA